GUAGUGUGUGGGGGGUUUGGAGCAGUGUUAAAAUUAGGCUCCCUCAACCCAUUAAGUAAUAUAUAUAAAAGAAAUAUCUGUCUUCAUCAUCAUCAUCAUCGAGAACAAACAAAGAUAAUAUAUGGAAGAGGAGGAGGUAGUAGAAGAAGGCAGUGUGAAGAUGAUGACAAGAUUCAAGAGAAUUUGUGUCUUCUGUGGGAGUAGAAAAGGUCACAAACCAUCAUUCACUCAUGCAGCGCUUCACCUUGGAAAACAAAUGGUGGAGAGAAAGAUUGAUCUAGUUUACGGCGGAGGAAGUUUAGGGUUGAUGGGCUUGGUGUCAAAGACUGUGUUUCAUGGUGGUUGCCAUGUUUUAGGAGUAAUUCCGAGAGCUCUCAUGACACAUGAGAUAUCUGAAGAAAGUGUAGGAGAAUUGAGAAUUGUGGCAGACAUGCACCAAAGAAAGGCAGAAAUGGCCAAAAAUGCUGAUGCUUUUAUUGCCCUUCCUGGUGGUUAUGGAACAAUGGAGGAAUUGUUAGAGAUUAUAUCUUGGUCUCAGCUGGGAAUUCAUGAUAAACCAGUGGGAUUGUUGAAUGUGGAUGGAUAUUAUAAUAGCUUGGUUGCAUUGUUUGACAAGGGAGUGGAGGAAGGUUUCAUUGAAGACUCAGCAAGAAACAUUGUUGUCUUAGCUGAAUCAGCAGAGCAGUUGAUCAACAAAAUGGAGGAAUAUGGUGCAGUGCAUGAAGGAGUGGCAGCUACAGCUACAGUACCUAUACACAAUUGGGGAGUACUGGACCAAAAUACUGUACAAGAGUCUGCUACAAGUGGGGUAUCCCCAAAAUCUUAGAUCCUCAUCAUCUUGUACACAUUAAUUAAUAUUAUUAUUUUAAUUUAUGGGUUAUAUAUAAUUAGUCCCAUUAAUUUAUAUAUUCACAAAGAAAAAGGACAACCAAAGCUGCAUGCAGAUGUAACCCAAUCUAUCUUUUCCCUUUUCCCUACUUCAAACAUCCCGCCAUUUAAUUAUAUG